AUGCAGCACGAUGAUGUUGUAUGGGCCAUUAUCAACAAGACACAUUGUUCUCAUAAAGUAACGACAAAAACUCAACACUUUUGUAGAAAUGAAUAUAACCUCACAGGUUUGUGUAGUCGGUCUUCUUGUCCUCUUGCAAAUAGUAAAUACGCAACUAUCAGAGAAGAAAAUGGUAUUAUUUAUUUAUACAUGAAGACUGCUGAAAGGGUUAUGUUUCCAGCUAAACAAUGGGAAAAAGUGAAGCUUUCAAGGAAUUUCGAAAAGGCUAUUUAUCAAAUAAAUGAAAAUUUGCUUUACUGGCCUGCUUUUAUAAAAGCAAAAUGCAAACAAAGAUUUGUAAAAAUAACACAAUACUUAAUACGGAUGAGGAAACUGAAAUUAAGGAGGGUAAAAGAAUUAGUUCCAAUACAACGCAAAAUAGAGAGACGUGAAAGAAGAAGAGAAGAGAAGGCACUUGUUGCUGCUAGGAUUGAUAAUGCUAUAGAAAAACAAUUGUUAGAAAGGUUAAAGAAAGGGACUUACAAUGAUAUCUACAAUUUCCCACAAAUGGCAUUUGAUGCGGCUCUCAAAGCAGAAGAAAUUUCUGGAGAAAGUGAAAGUGAGAAAUCAGAUGAAGAAGAAGAAGAGAGAGAGAUGGAGCCAGAGCUUGAAAGAGAAUUGGAAAAGCAUAUUGAAGAAGUUGAUGAAUUUGUUGAAGCUGACUCUGAUAUGGAAAGCGAUGCAGAAAGUGAAUCAGGAAGGAGAGAAAGUGCCGAUGUUGGAAGUGAUUUUGAAUCUGAGACAUCUGAUAUUGAGGAAUUAACUGUAAAGGUGCCAAGUAAGAAACCUCGGGUGGAAAUAGAAUAUGAAACAGAACCUGUAGCUAGUGUUUCAAGAAAGAAAAUAAAGAAU